CUUUCAAGUCACCUUUCGCUCAAUCUAUUUCGCAUCCAACAAGAUGUCAAUCUACGAAGCUUUCCUUCGCUGUGAGAGUGCUUUUGAAGAGCUAUACGACGCGACAUGGUCCUACGAGGGAUCCUACCAUUACGGUGUGGUGGAAGACCAUCGGGAUUUCAAGUCCUGGGCACACACCGUUGGUGCUGCUUUCUCGCAGGCGUUUCUCGAUCGUUCCUUGGACAAUAAGCUCCGGGAAUCGUCCCCGCUGAGAGAUAGCGUCCCCCACCUGCUGGCUUUGCUGGAGCAAAGCAUCGAAAACGCCUGUCAGGUUCUAAGAAAGGAAGUCGCUUUUCUUGAAGCACCUUGCUAUAAAUCCUACGACCUUGGCUUGAAAUUGAAACUCGCGGAGCCAGAGACCAAAGAGAUCUUGUCCUGCGCAGAUGUCCCCGACUACUGGGAUGGUGAAACCGUGGCUCACUUGUCUGAUACCUCGGAGGAUUAUGCUUCGGACUCAACGGCUCAUUCAGAUCCCCCUGAGGCAACCGAGUUGCAGAACGCCGUGGAUGUGAUUCGACAGGGAAUGGACUCGCUCUGGAAUCUUGAGCUCGACAAUCCCGAGUCGCUUGAUCGCUUUGAAUCUUCCUUUGACGAAGAAGUGGCACUCUUUGAGGAUUCCGAUAUCGCCUUGGUUCGGGCGACUUUUCCUGAUGAGCGUCUGGGCGAAGAUGUCCGACGCCGCAUGGGAAAGAUGAUUACCAUGUGUCGGCAGAUUCUGUUCGAUCGCCAGAGGGAGAAAGGUCUGCCGCUGCAGAUUUCGUCGUCUACCAUUAACCCUGACUUUAUGUCAUGCGCUUCUGACCCGGAUUUGCCCGUUCGAGUGCCGAAUUCCCCGGUUGAGCUGAAGGAAGGAGAAGCGACCGAGUUUGAAUGCAAGUACUGCUACAAUGUCGUUCAAAUUGAUGGCCAUCGUGCCUGGGAAGAGCAUGUCAUCAAUGACCUGCAGCCGUACGUCUGCACUUAUACCCAGUGCAACGGUAUUACUCACUUCUUCGAAGAUAUGGACGAGUGGGCUGCCCAUGAGAAGAAAGAGCAUGACAAGGGGGGCUACUGGUGCAAUUUGACCGGACAUGAAACCUUUGAAGAUCGGGCUGAAUUUACGCAGCAUAUGGUCGAGGAUCACCACAUGUCCGCCGAGGAAGUCUCUCCGCGUCAGUACUUCUGGCACGCCUCCGUGGCUGUUGGGGUGCCCCCGAGCGACGAGCCGGAUGCGCCUGAAGAGCUCUGUAACCUGUGCUUCCAGUAUACUCAUGAUCGGACGCAGCAUGUGGCACGGCAUUUGCAGCAACUGGCCAUGUUUGCCAUUCCUUGGGAGGACUUCGGUACUGACGAGGUCGAUACCGCCGGUGAUGAGAUUGAUACUUAGUACGAGGCGAAGCGGUACUACCGCGAUGUACCUGAAUAUCGGACAGUGUUUGUUUUGCUUGACUCGGAUUGAUCCUUGCUUUGUUCGCUGAACCACAGUCUUUACCGUGUCGCUUUGCACAAAUUGACCAGUUGCUUCAUUAACUGUAUUCGAC